GUUUGCCUGGUUUAUUAUAAAAGACGAAAAUGGUGGCGUCGGACGUAUUGGUGUUGUUGUGUUUUGCCUUGGCAAACUCUGUUGCCGGUAAUAAGUUGUGCGAACUAUCGGGCGGAGCCUGCUUACCACGGGGGACCAUAUGCGAUCACAACUACCCUGAGACGUAUCUUUGCGACAACGGAGAAACAUGCUGUUAUGGAAGAGAACUGUGCGGACAACUAUACGGUGGCACAUGCCAGAACCCUGCAAACCCUUGUGACCAAUACGUCCCGGAAAAUCCGACACUGUGCGAGUCCCAGUCCGAAGUCUGUUGUCUGAUGUCGCGUUACGACGUGUCGCCCACGUAUCCGCCGCCAGUCCGACCUGAUGGGACCUUUCCCGGUGAUAAGACUCCUCCGACCGCUCGCCCGAAACCCACCGAGCAGGAAAUUGAGUUGACGACGACCACCACCACACCAACGGAAUCCAAUGGAGGAGGGGACUCUGGCAAGGAUUUAGGAACUAAGAAUUUUCCUGGCUGCGGUCAACCUAAAAAUCCAGCUGCCCAGUGGCGAAUCACAUACGGCAUGCAGGCUAGCAAAGGGGCGUGGCCAUGGCAGGUCUCCCUCCAGACCGGAGGCGUGGGAGGGCACUUUUGUGGCGGUUCAAUCCUAAAUGAAAAUUGGAUACUGACUGCCGCUCAUUGUGUCAAAUACUACAUUCAGAGUCCGACCGCCAUAUCGAUCAGAGCCGGUGAGUUACACAUUUACAAUGAUGAGGAAACGGAACAAGAGAGACGGGUGACGCAAAUUGUUAUACACCAUGUCUAUGGGUACACAGACACGAGUCCAAAUGACAUCGCAUUGCUAAGUCUUGACAAGCCCUUGGAGUUCAAUGAAUACGUCAAACCAGUAUGUCUCCCCGAAAUAGACGAAUCAUUUGCCGACCACCCCGAUUGUUGGGUAACAGGAUGGGGGCAAACAUACGGGACUGGAGACCGACAGCAACUACAACAGGUCUACGGCCCUGUAAUACCAAACAAGGAAUGUAGCAUUGGCUGGACGGAAGCUCUUGGAUCGAAUCUCAUCAAAGACGAAAUGGUGUGCUUUGGCAGAGGUCAUAUCGGAUCUUGUAAGGGCGACUCUGGUGGACCCCUAACAUGUCGAAAGAAUAAUGUAUUCUACCAGGUCGGUAUCGUGAGCUUCGGAUGGAUCUACUGUAACCAGCCAGGAUUACCCAGCGUCUUCACACGCGUCACCAAAUACAUCGACUGGAUAAACUAUGUCAUUGAUAAUUACAGGGUUUGAAUUAUCUGAUGGUCGCUAACAGUACGUCGAAAUAAAGGUUUCCUUGAAAAGGUGA